CGAGGCUUACUCAGUCUGUUAUCAUAAAGCUCUGCUAAUGUAGCUUCUGUGUCAUGUGACUGAAGAAAAGGCUAUUAUCUCAAUGAAAAGGAAACUCAUUUUUAGAGCAAGCAAUAGAAUAGAAGCAGGAAGAAUUUUCGAAUGUUCCACCAUGCUGGAUUGUCAAAGGAGGAUCUGUCUGAUCAGCAGCUAAAAAAGGAUUUGUGAGGCUAUGGUUUGUCAGCUAUGGUUAGAAAUAAAUGAUGGAGGAGAUAAGCGGCAGGGGGCUCAGCAUGUGCUUAGGUUUCCAUUAAGGCAGAAUGUUGGUUUGGGUUAAUAGAGAAGAUUUAUCUCUGAGGCAAUAAAUUUAUUGCUAAUUGUGGGGUGGUGUUUUUUUGUUUGUUUGUUUUUUGGAAGGGUAAUAUAUGGUACUUUUAUUUACAUCACUGGUGAAGAUAAAGACAAGCUGCUGAGCUCUGGUUUGAACGCAGAGGCUGUGGACAAUUACAAGUUGCUGAUAUGUGUUCAAGAUGAGUGGGAUGGGAGAAAACACCUCUGACCCGUCCAGGGCAGAGUCAAGAAAGCGCAAAGAAUGUCCUGACCAGCUGGGACCCAGCCCCAAGAGGAGCACUGAAAAACGCAAUCGUGAACAGGAAAACAAAUACAUCGAAGAACUUGCAGAGCUGAUAUUUGCAAAUUUUAACGAUAUAGACAACUUUAACUUCAAACCUGACAAAUGUGCAAUCUUGAAAGAAACUGUGAAGCAAAUUCGUCAGAUCAAAGAACAAGAGAAAGCAGCAGCUGCCAACAUAGAUGAAGUGCAGAAGUCAGACGUAUCAUCCACGGGGCAGGGUGUCAUCGACAAGGAUGCGCUGGGGCCUAUGAUGCUUGAGGCCCUUGAUGGGUUCUUCUUUGUAGUGAACCUGGAAGGCAACGUUGUGUUUGUUUCAGAGAAUGUGACACAAUACCUAAGGUAUAACCAAGAGGAGCUGAUGAACAAAAGUGUAUAUAGCAUCCUGCAUGUUGGGGACCACACUGAAUUUGUCAAAAACCUGCUGCCAAAGUCCAUAGUGAAUGGGGGCUCUUGGUCUGGUGAACCUCCCAGGCGGAACAGCCAUACGUUCAAUUGUCGGAUGCUGGUAAAACCUUUACCCGAUUCCGAAGAGGAUGGUCACGAUAACCAGGAAGCACCUCAGAAAUACGAAACUAUGCAGUGCUUUGCUGUCUCUCAACCAAAGUCCAUUAAAGAAGAAGGAGAAGAUUUGCAGUCCUGCUUGAUUUGUGUGGCAAGGAGAGUCCCCAUGAAGGAAAGACCGGUUCUUCCCUCAUCAGAAAGUUUUACUACUCGCCAAGAUCUCCAAGGCAAGAUCACAUCACUGGACACGAGCACCAUGCGGGCGGCCAUGAAGCCGGGCUGGGAGGACCUGGUGAGAAGGUGCAUUCAGAAGUUCCAUGCACAGCACGAGGGGGAGUCUUUGUCCUAUGCCAAGAGGCAUCAUCAUGAAGUGCUGAGACAGGGAUUGGCUUUCAGUCAGAUCUACCGUUUCUCCUUGUCCGACGGCACUCUCGUUGCUGCACAAACGAAGAGCAGACUCAUCCGUUCUCAGACUACUAAUGAGCCUCAGCUUGUCAUGUCUUUACAUAUGCUUCACAGAGAGCAGAAUGUGUGUCUAAUGAAUACGGAUAUGACUGGACCAGCGAUGGGGAAGCCAUUGAAUCCAAUUAGCUCUAGCAGCCCUGCCCAUCAGGCCAUGUGCAGUGCGAACCCAGGUCAGGACAUGACCCUUGGUAGCAAUAUAAAUUUUCCCAUAAAUGGCCCAAAGGAGCAAAUGAGCAUGCCCAUGGUCAGGUUUAGUGGUUCUGGGGGACUGAACCAUGUGUCAAGCAUGCAAGCAGCCACUCCUCAGGGUAGUAACUAUGCACUCAGAAUGAACAGUCCCUCACAGAGCAGCCCUGGCAUGAAUCCAGGCCAACCCAGCUCCGUACUUUCACCGAGACAUCGCAUGAGCCCUGGGGUGGCUGGAAGCCCCCGAAUCCCACCCAGUCAGUUUUCCCCUGCAGGAAGCUUGCAUUCCCCUGUGGGAGUUUGCAGCAGCACAGGAAAUAGCCAUAGCUACACCAACAGUUCCCUCAACGCACUUCAGGCCCUCAGUGAGGGACACGGGGUCUCAUUAGGGUCAUCAUUGGCUUCACCGGACCUAAAAAUGGGCAAUUUGCAAAACUCCCCAGUUAAUAUGAAUCCUCCCCCACUCAGCAAGAUGGGAAGCUUAGACUCCAAAGACUGUUUUGGACUGUAUGGGGAGCCCUCUGAAGGUACAACUGGACAAACAGAGAGCGGCUGCCAUCCUGGAGAGCAAAAGGAAACAAAUGAUUCCAGCGUACCCCAGGGCAUGAGCAGUGAGCGAUCUGAUGGACAGAAUAGACUGCAUGACAGCAAAGGACAGACCAAACUCCUCCAGUUGUUGACCACCAAAUCUGACCAGAUGGAGCCCUCACCCCUGUCCAGCUCUUUGUCGGACACAAACAAGGACUCUGUGAGUAGUUUGCCUGGUUCUGGGUCGACACAUGGGACCUCGCUCAAGGAGAAGCAUAAGAUUUUGCACAGACUCCUGCAGGACAGCAGUUCUCCUGUGGACUUGGCCAAGCUGACAGCAGAGGCCACAGGCAAAGAGCUGAGCCAGGAGGCCAACAGCACAGCUCCUGGUUCAGAAGUGACUGUUAAACAAGAGCCAGUGAGCCCCAAGAAGAAAGAGAAUGCACUACUUCGCUACUUGCUAGAUAAAGAUGAUACUAAAGAUAUUGGUUUACCAGAAAUAACCCCCAAACUUGAGCGGCUGGACAGUAAGACAGACCCUGCCAGUAACACAAAGUUAAUAGCUAUGAAAACCGAGAAGGAGGAGACGAGCUUUGAGCCUAGUGACCAACCUGGCAGUGAGCUGGACAACUUGGAGGAGAUUUUGGAUGAUUUGCAGAAUAGUCAAUUACCACAGCUUUUCCCAGACACGAGGCCUGGCGCCCCUGCUGGAUCAGUCGACAAGCAAGCCAUCAUCAAUGACCUCAUGCAACUCACAACUGAAAACAGCCCAGUCACACCUGUUGGAGCCCAGAAAACAGCAUUGCGAAUUUCACAGAGCACUUUUAAUAACCCACGACCAGGGCAACUGGGCAGGUUAUUGCCAAACCAGAAUUUACCACUUGACAUCACAUUGCAAAGCCCAACUGGUGCUGGACCCUUCCCACCAAUCAGAAACAGUAGUCCCUACUCAGUGAUACCUCAGCCAGGAAUGAUGGGUAACCAAGGGAUGAUGGGAAACCAAGGAAAUUUAGGGAACAGUAGCACAGGGAUGAUUAGCGGUAAUGCUGCCCGGCCCACUGUGCCAUCUGGGGAAUGGGCACCACAGAGUUCUGUGAGAGUCACCUGUGCUGCUACCACCAGUGCCAUGAACCGGCCAAUCCAAGGAGGUAUGAUUCGGAAUCCCACCACCAGCAUCCCCAUGAGACCCAGCAGCCAGCCUGGCCAGAGGCAGAUGCUUCCGUCUCAGGUCAUGAAUCUAGGGCCAUCUGAAUUAGAGAUGAACAUGGGGGGACCCCAGUAUAGCCAACAACAAGCUCCUCCAAACCAGACCGCCCCGUGGCCUGAAAGCAUCCUGCCCAUAGAACAGGCCUCCUUUGCCAGCCAAAGCAGGCAGCCGUUUGGCAGCUCUCCAGACGACUUGCUGUGUCCACAUCCUGCAGCAGAGUCUCCCAGUGAUGAAGGAGCUCUCCUGGACCAGCUCUACUUGGCCUUGCGGAACUUCGAUGGCCUAGAGGAGAUCGAUAGAGCCUUGGGAAUACCCGAACUGGUCAGCCAGAGCCAAGCAGUAGAUCCAGACCAGUUCUCGAGUCAGGAUUCUAACAUGAUGCUGGAGCAGAAGGCACCUGUUUUCCCACAGCAGUAUGCAUCUCAGGCACAAAUGGCCCAGGGAAGCUACUCUCCCAUGCAAGACCCCAACUUCCACAGCAUGGGGCAGCGGCCUAGUUAUGCCACACUCCGCAUGCAGCCCAGACCUGGCCUCAGGCCCACAGGCCUGGUGCAGAACCAGCCUAAUCAGCUGAGACUUCAACUGCAGCAUCGCCUCCAAGCACAGCAGAAUCGCCAGCCCCUUAUGAAUCAAAUCAGCAAUGUUUCAAAUGUGAACUUGACUCUGAGGCCUGGAGUACCAACUCAGGCACCUAUUAACGCACAGAUGCUGGCCCAGAGGCAGAGGGAAAUCCUGAACCAGCAUCUCCGACAGAGACAAAUGCAUCAGCAACAGCAAGUUCAGCAAAGAACUUUGAUGAUGAGAGGCCAAGGGUUGAACAUGACAUCAAGCAUGGUGGCUCCCAGUGGUAUGCCCGCAGCCAUGAGCAACCCCCGGAUCCCCCAAGCAAAUGCACAGCAGUUUCCAUUUCCUCCAAACUACGGAAUAAGUCAGCAACCUGAUCCUGGCUUUACUGGGGCCACUGCACCCCAGAGCCCUCUGAUGUCACCCAGAAUGGCACACACCCAGAGCCCCAUGCUGCAGCAGCCCCAGGCCAACCCAGCCUAUCAGGCCUCCUCUGACAUGAAUGGAUGGGCACAGGGGAACAUGGCUGGAAACAGCAUGUUUUCACAACAGUCCCCACCACACUUUGGGCAGCAAGCAAACACCAGCAUGUACAAUAAUAAUAUGAACAUCAAUGUAUCCAUGGCGACCAACACAGGUGGGAUGAGCAACAUGAACCAGAUGACAGGACAGAUCAGCAUGACCUCAGUGACCUCCGUGCCUACGUCGGGGCUGUCCUCCAUGGGUCCCGAGCAGGUUAAUGAUCCUGCUCUGAGGGGAGGCAGCCUUUUCCCAAACCAGCUGCCUGGAAUGGAUAUGAUUAAGCAGGAGGCAGAUGCAUCACGGAAAUACUGCUGACACUGAAGGUAGCUGGCUGCUUCUUUCUUCAGCUGACCGGGCUCACUUGCUCAAAACACGUACCAGUCUGGAGAGCUGCAUCUACUUGUCUUGACCCCACCAACCUGCAGGCCAGUUCUGCCCGAGCGGGCUCAGCACCAGGCCUAGGCCUGGGUCUGGGCCUGGCUCCCCGGGGAGCGGCUGUGGCAAGGGAGCCGCCUCUGCCCGAGACAGCCUGGAGCUUGCAUCCAGACAGUUGCUCAGUCUGUUCACUGCAUUCACCUUAGUGCAACUUAGAUCUCUCCUGCGAAGUAAAUGUUGACAGGCAAAUUUCAUACCCAUGUCAGAUUGAAUGUAUUUAAAUGUACGUAUUUAAGGAAAACAACCACGCUCUUGUUCUGUUCCUGUUUGGUUCCAGACACUGGUUUCUUGCUUUGUUUUCCCUGGCUAAUCAGUCUAGUACAGAAGAUUCAGAUUUCAUCUGGGGGAAAGAAAAGGACUUUUAAAAAAAAUCAAACUAUAGGUGUUUUAUGCUCAACCCUGCGUUUGGGACAAAAGCAGGGCGGACACCAAGGACAGCGCUGUGUGGACAGGCACCCAAGACGUGAAGACCGGUGAAGUCAGAGUCGCAUCUGCAGAAAGCUCUCAAAGGCCAAGUCGAUGAAGUUUCCAGUUACUGACAGGUGGAAAGGAGCCUGUGAGAGGGCUGUUAACAUUAACAAGUACUGUUUUUGUUGUUGUUGAAACCAAACUAGUUCAUAUAAAUUGGUACAGUAUGAAUCAAGAAGAAAUUUUUUUCAUUUCCAAAUUAAGUUUCCUUUAGAUUGAUCAGACAGUUUGAAUUAGCAUCUCCUCUUUUUUCCCUGAUCCUGACUCUUCCCUUCCUCCUCCCCGCCUCUCCCCAUUUCCAUUCAUUUAAAAAACAAUAGCAACAAUAAAAGCAACAGAAACCAGGUAAGCCCUUUAUUUCCUUAAAUAUUUUGCCAGCCACUUAGCAAUUGCUAACUUAAAUUUCAGAAAAAAUGCAUUUACUGGCAAGGAGAGGAGCAGAGUUAGGACUUGAUGGCGAUCACCCGAGGGCCCCUGCUUUGGAAGCACGUUCGUUCCGUUGGUUCCGUUCCCAGCGACACAGGCCUAUGACACAGAAAAUCGUGGUGUGUUCAGAAUCGACAGCAGAUAUCACGACAGAUUUAACCUCCGCCAUGUGUUUUUUAUUUCGUGUUUUUAGCAGUGCUGACUAAUACGAAGUUUUGUAAGGUACAUAAAAUCCAAUUUCUAUGUAAACAAGCAAUAAUUUAAGUUGAGAACUUAAGUGUUUUAAUUGUAUAAUUUUUGUGAGGUAUACAUAUUGUGGAGUUGACUCAAAAAUGAGGUACUUCAGUAUUAAAUUAGAUAUCUUCAUAGCAAUGUCUCCUAAAGGUGUUUUGUAAAGGAUAUCAAUGCCUUGAUUAGACCUAAUUUGUAGACUUAAGACUUUUUAUUUUCUAAACCUUGUGAUUCUGCUCAUAAAUCAUUUAUCUAAUCUGAUGAUAUGCAGCCGCUGUAGGAACCAGUUCUUGAUUUUUAUAUGUUUAUAUUCUUUCUUAAUGAACCUUAGAAAGACUAUGUGUUACUAGCAGGCCACUUUUAUGGUUGUUUUUCUUGCCCACUCUGGUAGGGGAAUAAUCUUUUCUUAAUUGGUGUCAGUUUCAGACAAGUGCAAUAUCAAGAAACUGAUUACCUUUUUAGAGCUAUUUCUCCCCAAUCCCUAAGACGCAUACUUUCUUACCUAAAUUUCAGAAUGGUGUCUUUUUGAUGUCUAAAAAGCAAAGCAUUUUAUAUCUCACUAGCCAGGCUUUUUAGGAACAGAGAGGUUUUUUUUCCUUGAAAUUUGAUUGUUUAUUUGUGGCAGGGUGAAAAGUGGAUAAACUACCCCUAUUUAUAUUUAUAUCUCUCCGUAUAUGUACAAAUUAUGGAUUAGAGAGAUAUAGCCCAAAGAUAAAUGGUAAGUAAACAGUCUGAUGGUGUUGCUCCAUGUGAAAGAAGUUUCCUGGAAAUUUGCAUUUCGAUACUUUUUUCCACUUGGGAGGGGUCUCACUACAGGGCGGUGGCCGCCAACUCACGUGCCUCCCUCGAAAGGCUCUGCUUUCCUCCACCGAACCACUGGGUUGCCCCACUGCGGUGGAAAAGACGAGCGAUGUCGCCCGAACUCCAUGACCGCAUCAGUGUGACGAGGCUCUCUGGCCUGCACGAUCCAGUGUGACCAGCUUUCAGUUGCUUCUUACAAAUACGUGACUUAGAAUGACUGUAACUUUACACAGCACAAAGGAGAAAGCUGGGUUUGUUUUGUCUUGAGUUUUUAGUCCCCUUUCACUAGAACACUGUCCAAAAAAAUAUCUGUGUCUCUUUUACUAUUUAUCCGUCUGCCCGCUGUGUCUUAAUGUUGACCCCAGUCAGGCAAAUCUGCAAACCUGUGAUGCUGGUCAUUUCGAAUAAUUCAUGGUCAUGGCUGUUUUGAAGGAAAAGAGAUGAUAGAUUCUCUUAUGGCUCAGAUCAGGGAAUAGAUUUUGCUUUACAUCUAAUUAAGAGAAGAAAAGUAAGUGAAGGAAUCCUCUGAUCAUAUUGAUCACUGUAGAACCAAAAGCCAAAUCGAUCCCUUCGUUAUCAGUAUUUCUCAAGCUGUACACAGUAAAUUUGUUAGACUGAGUCCUCGAUUUUUCUUUGAUAAGACAAAGAAUCAGUGUUUUACUUAUAUUAUUAAAUGUGAAAAAGCGAAUAAUGUGAAAAGUAUACAUAUGUUCACUUGGCUGUGAGACUCAUUUAAGUGUCCGUGUAAUGUGGUAAGUUGAAAAAGUGAAGUGAGCUCUUUUACUACAAUGAAUUCAUUUGACUCAAAGAUUCCGAUGCCCCUGCCCACACGUGUCUCCUGUGGCCUGUAAUGAUCGGAAGCGAUGUUUUUGCAGUUUAUAUAAUGCAGUUUUUAAUCUGUGCUUAACAAUGGAGUUCAUAGGGGCUGAACACAUGAGAUGUGCGGCGCACACCCACUGUAGAACCCAAAGAUACACAAUCAGUUUUGAAAUGCAACUUAAGCCAUUAAUUGUUGGUGUGAAUUUAAAAUUUUCUAGUAUUUGUAUGGUAGUAUGCUGCCUAAGAGCAAAGCAUUCUCUGCACAAAAGAAAAUUACUGUAGUGGCUUCAAUUUGAAUUAGACUUUUCUCCCUGGUGUUUCUUUAUAGACUAAAACAAACUCUUUUAAGUUUCUUACUACAGGUAAAAGCUAUGUGCAAGAACCUCAAUAUGCUAAAAUCUAGCAUAAUGCCUUAGAUCUGUUUUUAAGUCUUGUAUAUUCCUACAUAGCUGUCCAAUGUAUUAUAUUUGUAUAGUGAAUUGUGUACAAUUUUUGAAUAAGUACAUCAUCACUUAACCUUUAUGUUGUUAAAUAGUGAUGAUGAUACAUUUCUUCAAACAUUUAACUGUCAUUAUUUUUCCUUUGUCAUUUGUGGGUUUAUUUGUACAGUUCCUCAUUGAGUUGCAUCUGAGAUGUGUGUAUAUGAAAAGAUUAUACAAGGGUAAAAUUAAGCAAUAUAUUAACUAUGGUUCUUCAGGAGAAAGCUUACAGUGUUUCAGGUUGUGAUUUAUUUUCAAAAUGGAGUUGACUCUGAACAUCACUUUGUUCACCUGCAUCGAUGUUUGUAUUUCUAGUGUGAGCAGUUUAUGCAAAGGUAGAUAUAUUCAGAGAAAUUUUAAAUACAUUUAUGCAAGUUAAUAUUGCUUUGCUGAUGCUCUUUGCUUAUUUGAUGUUAAAUAAUGCUAUUGUAAAUAAAGAAUUCUGUUGUUAUUGCAUCAUUUAAUAAAUUUUAAUGCCUUCGGGUUUUACAUGGC